UCAAGCUUGGAAAAUAGGCGAAAAGUUUCUUAUAGAGUAAUUCAACCGUCUAGUUUCUCAACAACUGUAGUUUGAAUUCAUUGUUGCCAUGAGUUUGGUGACUUGGCUUGUCUCAUCAAAGCAAAGUUUUCUUGUCUAAAUUUGAAGCUUCAAUUUGUCAUCAUCUCCUACGAAGGCUUUUAUCGUCCCCAAAUUAAUCCUAUAUGUAUGUCUACUUGAUCAAAUGUCAAACAACAAAAUGAAGGGCCUAUUAAAAGGCUUAAGAUACAUCUCUCAAAUAUUCGACAAUGAUGAGGAAGAGCCUGAAAUGCAGAUUGGUUUCCCCACAGAUGUAAAACAUGUUGCCCACAUAGGAUGGGAUGGUCCCUCUGUAAAUUCACCAAGCUGGAUGAACGAGUUUCAAUCUCAACCAGAAUAUUCAUCAGCUCCCUUAAGUCUCAACAGAGACGCGAAGGAGGAAGGUUCUGCAAAAUGGGUAUCUGAAGGUUCAAAUCGAAAAGGUUCGCAGGCACCGAAUUCUCCAGCAGGGGCGCCUAGUUCUCCAGUAGGGUCGCAUAGUUCCCCAACUCGGGACUUGCCAGAAUUGCCGAAAUCAUCUAGACGGCGUUCAUCAUCUGGUACAUCAGCUGAAUCUCCAAGCAGAGAAAAAUCAGAUAAACCUAAACAAUCUAGGCGGUCUUCACGAAAUGGCACCAAAGAAUUGGAUGGUACUAGAACAAGUCGGAAUCAUAAGGAUCCUAGUGGAGAAAGCGAGUCACCCUCAAAUUUACCUGACAUACCGAAGAAAUCUCGGAGGAAGAAGUCGAAAGAUGCCUCUGUUGAGGGGUCAACUUCAAGAUCGAGAUCUAAAGCCCCAGCUCAAGAGGGGGGUGGGGAGUCAGAAAUGAUUACCAAAUCUAGUAACAGUAAUGAGCAACGUCAGACCAGAGGUUCAAGUCCUUCACGAGAUGUUGAGGAGAGUGGAUUGAGUGGAAUUUCUUGAUCAUAUUGUAAUAUUAAUAUUCUUAUUCUUACACUGGGUAGCUACUAGAAUCUUUAGUUGAAACCAAACCAAACAGAGUUCAUUUCCUUUUGGUCUUGAUCGUUCGACCCUCCCUAUGGUACAUAAAUCACUUGUGAGAACUGAAUUUUUUUCCUUAACUAGACAGCUUCAUUUUGUUUUUGUUUAUUGAACAAUACAAUGACAAAUAUGAUGAUCACAUAACUAGUUUUUCUUAUAUUUUCCUA